GUCCUCUAUUGAGUAGAUUGAAACUAAGUUCUUGAUGAAAUGGCCUUAACCAAGUCCUCAAAACUCAUGUUCAUAGUGGUUUUCCUGGUGGCCGUGUUCCUUCUAUCUUCUCAGCUAGCUUUCACUGCUCCUUAUGAUUUCAUUCUCAACCCUAUGCUAGGACGGAAACUUCUCCAAGAUCCUCUUGAUCCCCCUACAUAUGGCACCCCAAGCGGAGGCAGCGGGGGAUAUAGCAUUCCGAGCGGGCCAGGGGAGGUUAUCCAUGCUGUUAAUUUAUAUCCCUAAAGUGUCUCAUCAUCAGCAAGAACCCUAGCUAGAAGAAAUGAAAGUUCCCAGUUCAAAUAAUGGAGUACCCUAUGAGUUUAUUAUUAUUACUAGAUCUCAAUCCGUGCUUUGCGCGGUUAGUCUGUAUUUAUUAUUAUUAUUAAUUAUAAAUUUUUAUUAUAAUA